AUGGCUGCUGCGACGCGUUCGAGGGAGUUCACCAACCCUCCGAACUACGAGUUUCCCAUCCAUAGGCUAUCGCAAACCCUCCGCGACCCAGCCAAAACUCCCGUCGUUCUAGUAGCCUGUGGCUCCUUCAGUCCCGUCACCUAUCUCCACCUUCGCAUGUUCGAAAUGGCCAAGGACUACGUGCGGCAAAACACCGACUUCGAGAUUCUGGGUGGUUAUUUGAGUCCAGUGAGCGACAUGUACAAGAAGCCUGGGUUGCUUAGUGCCCAACACCGAGUGACGAUGUGCACGCUCGCCGCAGAGGACACCUCCACCUGGCUGAUGGUCGACCCGUGGGAAGCCUUCCAAGACUACCAACGGACCGCUGUUGUUCUCGACCACUUCGACCACCAGAUCAACGACGUUCUGGGGGGUGCUCGGACUGCGGACGGCGAGCAUCGCAAUAUUCGCAUAAUGCUUCUCGCCGGGUCGGACCUCAUUAGUACAAUGAGCGAGCCUGGUGUUUGGAGCUACUCUGAUCUCGAUCACAUUCUAGGACGCUAUGGGACAUUCAUUGUCGAGCGCGCUGGUACCGGAAUGGACCAGGCAACUGAAAGUCUUGCCCGGUGGCGCAACAACAUCCACAUCAUCUCGCAACUCAUUCAGAAUGACGUCUCUAGCACUAAGGUCAGACUCUUUAUCCGAAGGGGGCUCUCUGUCCGCUACUUGCUUCCCAACGAAGUUGUGGAGUAUAUUGAGCAAAACGGACUAUACCUCGAGGACACUGCUUCACCCAUAAUCCCCGUCGAUAAAGAGUCUGUGGCGAGUGAUUCGAGGAAGGAGAUCUCCGUACACCCGUAG